AUGGGCGACAGGAAUAUUUAUUCUACAUUAAACGAUCAUUAUAACACUAUCUAUCUAUCUAUCUAUCUAUCUAUCUAUCUAUCUAUCUAUCUAUCUCAUAACCAUUGGUUUCGAAUGCGACACUUCUUUCUAUCUAUCUAUCUAUCUAUCUAUCUAUCUAUCUAUCUCAAAUUCUUCAUUUCUAUCUAUCGAUCUAUAUAUCUGAAUCUGUUUCUUCCUAUCUAUCUAUCUAUCUAUCUAUCUAUCUAUCUAUCUAUCAUGGAGUCUUCAGUGAACCCCAGUUUUAUUCCCGAUGAAGACAAUGUCAGUGAAAAACGAAACAGCGUGCAAAUGAAAAAUGCAAACGGCAUUGAUAUAGAAGCCGACAAGCUGCUGCCACCGAUGAGCAAAAACCGAAUUCUAAAGAAUGUCUUUGUUUUAAGUUUCGGCUUCUUAUGUCUCUUCACAUCCUUUCAGUCGCUGACUAACUUGCAGACGAGUCUUAAUUCUAAGGAAGGAAUUGGCGAGAAAGCACUAUCCGUUCUGUACGCGGGACUUGUUGUCUCUUGCAUGUUCAUUCCGCCACCAAUGAUAGGCUUGCUUGGCUGUAAGUGGACAGUCGUGAUAAGUAUGCUGACUUAUAUAAUUUACCUGGCUGGUAAUUUCUACCCAUCCAUGGCAGUUAUGGUUGUAGUGUCCAUUAUAGUUGGGUUAGGCGCUGCCCCUCUCUGGUCGGCAAAAUGUUCCUAUCUAACGGAACUCGGCAUUUGGUACGCUCGCUUCACAAAUGGAAACGAAGAUGCGGCAAUUAACAGAUUCUUCGGAUUCUUUUUCAUGGCUUUCAAACAUGUAAGUAGUAUUUUCCCCAUAUUUUAA